GACGAGAGGGAUCGAGGGGGGUCAGCGCUGGAGCGCCACGUAGGGCUAGAGGUCAAGCUGCAGUCGGCGGGCGCCUUGACCAGACUGUAGACUUCACAGACUUUAAAUAAUAUUUCAAUAAUAUUUAGAGUCUCUGAGACUUGCCACCCUGCAGUGCGUGCGGGUGCUGUGUCUCCCAUCCCCUCAGAAUCGCUCUCGGCUACUCCCCGCGCACGACUGAGUGACGCCAAGGGAGGCUACUCUCAAGAAGAUAAAAUGGCGGUAGCCACGCUCCAAACCGUUGUCAAACCAGAAGGACUUCUUUUGGUUAGAUGAUCACAAUAGAGACACUAGUAGUGUCUCAAGGUGGCGUUCUGUGAGAUUCAAAGAGAAGGCGUCAGAAAGUGCUGCAGUUUUUAAACGUUAAUCAGCUGGCAGUAGAUCUGAGCAUGGAUAGUUGUGAAGCCUCCCCAAAUCCUACACGAAAUCCAUCACCUCCUCCAGAACUGCAGCAGAAUGAGGAGGCAACUUUGGGGGACAGCAUUGGAAGCACAGCUUUCAGCAAACACUGGCUUUUUGCUACCUUAAUGAAGCUUAUUCAGGAAGUAGAUAAAGAGACAGAGGCUGAGGAAGGUGUGGAAUCUGAGAGUGACUUCAGUGUGGAUGUAGAUGAAGAUUUGCAGACAGAGCUGUGCAAACUGUGGGAUAUGUCAAUGAACACAGAGGUGGCCAAGUUUUUGCAAGAGUUCAAAGCUAUUGAGAUCCUGACAGGAGUUAUCAGCAAAUCCAAAGCACCUAGAGUCAUAGAAAUAUGUAUCGGAAUUUUGGGGAACAUGGCAUGUGACAAUGAAGUAUGCGUAGAAAUUGCAAGCAAUGAGAAACUAGUGAACUUGACAUUGGCACUUCUUGGCAAUGAUGAUCCUCCUACAUUAGUGGAAACGACUCGGCUGCUGUAUACAAAUCUUUCCCAUCAGACAGCAUGCCAGAUGUGGCUGAAAGCAAUCGAGAGGGCCAGUCUUGUGCAGGAUCAAGUUGCCUUUAUUUUCCAUAGUUCUACAAACAAUGUGCUUCUGAAAAAUACAGCUGAUUUUGUGGAUGUUCUGUUGGAUCUGUCUGAUGAGCUGCGUCAUAAAUGGGCCACCACUGAGAUGGUUGACUCUCUGUUGGAGGCCAUACAGCAGACUGGACACAAGCACAGUGAGACGCUGGAAGUCUUCCUGCAUGUCUUCCAGCUGUUGUCCACCACUGAACCAGGAGUGGAGGUUUUAGUGGAGAAAGGAGAAACUGUAUUAUUGCCGCUCCUGCAGUACCUGGAGUGUGUGUGCGAGGAUGAGAUAGUGAGCUUGGAUGACCACAGUGCAUGCCUGUCUUCAGUCUUCUCCCUUCUCCAUGCACUAUUUGCCUCUGACACUGCCAUCGCCGAGAAGUUGUCCACAAGUUCUCAGUUGUUAAGGUGCAUGGUGAAAGUUCUGGAACCUUUGUACCCAUCUCUUCACAAUAAGAAUGAGAACACCCAAGGAGAGGACUGCAGCUCAUCCAUCCAAACUCUCAGUGAUGACCAUCAGUUGCUGUCGUCUGUUAAUCAGAAUGCUUCUAGAUGUCACAUACAAGAAGACCAAAGUGAAGGAGAUGAUGUCACUUGCUCGGCCACACAACAAGACAGUGGCAGAGACAAGGACAAGAGCAAAGACAAUGUUUCAAGUGGAGAUCUCGAGCCAAGACGUAUGCGGCAGUACAAAAUGUUGUUUGAUGUUUUGCAGAUGUUUCUCCGUCACUUUUUCAGAAGUCUCCAAAUAGACCAAGUCACAGAUGAAGAAGUAGAAGAAGACAAGAAGGCAAGUGAGAAGACCAGCAAGCCAAUAUUCUUCCCAGUCUUGGUUUACCUGGAAACAUCGUGCAGUCGUUACCGGAUUAUCUGUUUGGCCCUUACCUUGAUGGAUGCUGAUAGACCAUAUUCAGCUGAGAGUCCUACUAGUGAAUAUGAUGCUGGGGCAUCCAGCACGAGACCAAGGUUGUCAGCUGACAUCGAGCACCUGCGGCAGUUGUGUCAGACAUAUGACCAGACGAGAGUGGUCAGGAUUCUUGAUGAUGUGGUGCAGGGGAAGGUUCUGAACAGAACAGAUUCCGGGGAAGAACGGUGAUUUGAGCACUAUGUACCUCUCAUAACAUGACAGUACUUGGACGGCUCAGGGUCUUGCUAUUUCCAUUGUAUGUUACCAGUUGCAGACAGAAGCAUGGUUCAAGAUAAUGCAAAGAGCUGGACCUAGUCAGCUCCAAUGUAAAUUUACAAAAUGUUUGCAGUCUUGUUUACUUCCUUCUCAGCUUUACUUGCUGAAGAUGAGCAUAAAUCAUGGCCAAGUCUUACAAAGGCCAGUUUUGUGCACUUGCAUUUGUACACAUAGGAUGCAGAGUAUGUUGGAUUUGGACCAGAAACGUAGAUUGAAUUUUUUACUACUUUAAAGUAUGUUUGUUAAAGUGAAAGGGAUAUAAAGAGAAAAUGAACGUCAGAAGGCCUCAAAAGAAAUCAUCCAUACCCUUCAACAGGACUGUUUCGGUUUUUAUAUAAACAUAGAGCAUACAAUUUUUAUUUCUUGUCCAACAUGUUUCACAAAUGAAAUUCUGUGCUGAAAACUUUAUACAUACAUCAGAAAAAUUAAAACUGGCCUAGUAGUUACCA